AUGAAGCAUUUCACCGUCAACUUUGGACCGCAACACCCGGCCGCUCACGGUGUGCUUCGGUUGAUUCUGGAAUUGAAUGGAGAAGAAAUCCUUCGAGCGGAUCCUCACAUUGGACUCUUGCAUAGAGCCACGGAGAAGCUCAUCGAAUACAAGACCUAUACUCAAGCUCUCCCCUACUUUGACCGACUCGAUUAUGUCUCUAUGAUGACCAACGAGCUUUGUUUCUCCCUCGCCGUCGAGAAACUCCUCAAUAUUCAAGUGCCCGACCGUGCCCAGUGGAUCAGAACGCUAUUCGGAGAGAUCACUCGUAUUCUGAAUCACCUCAUGGCCGUCUUGACCCACGCCAUGGAUGUUGGAGCUCUGACGCCCUUCUUGUGGGGCUUUGAAGAGCGAGAAAAACUCAUGGAGUUCUACGAGCGAGUAUCCGGAGCACGAAUGCACGCCGCCUACGUGCGACCCGGUGGAGUCGCUUUCGACAUCCCCCAUGGAUUGUUGGACGAUAUCUUCAAAUGGGCCACUCAAUUUUCCAGUCGAGUGGACGAGAUCGAGGAGUUGGUCACUGGAAACCGAAUCUGGAAACAGAGAACAGUCAACAUUGGAGUCGUCACGGCUCAAGAGGCCCUCGAUUACAGUUUCUCAGGUGUCAUGCUGCGUGGAAGUGGUGUUCCGUGGGAUUUAAGAAAGGUUCAGCCAUACGACAAGUAUGCAGAGGUCGAGUUUGACAUCCCGGUCGGCAAGAACGGAGACUGCUACGACCGUUACCUCUGCCGUGUCCAAGAGUUCAGGGAGUCAUUGCGAAUUAUCAACCAGUGCCUCAACAAGAUGCCUGCUGGUGCCGUCAAGGUCGAUGACCACAAGAUUGUACCCCCACCUCGAGCGUCUAUGAAGGAGUCCAUGGAGAGUCUGAUCCACCACUUCAAGCUCUUCUCUGAAGGCUACUCGGUCCCGCCUGGCGAGACUUACUCCGCCAUCGAAGCUCCCAAGGGAGAGAUGGGAGUAUACCUCGUUUCCGAUGGUACAAACCGACCGUACAAGUGCAAGAUCCGAGCCCCUGGAUUCGCUCACUUGGCGGGAUCCGACUUUAUGAUGCGCGAUCACUUCCUCGCGGACGCCGUCACUAUCAUUGGAACGAUGGAUCUGGUGUUUGGCGAAGUGGACAGAUAA